UCCCACUACGCCACUUCCGUUAACUCGCUGCUGAGCAAAAUGGACGCCUUUGUGUCUGUUUUCUUCGCAUUCCCAGUAUAAAUACGGAUUACGGGACGACGCAGCGGCUGCGAGGCGGCGAUGUUUGCGCGACGCCGCGCGAAACGCGUGUGAGGGCAGUGUCGUGUACGCGAGUCGUGGCCGCGAGCCGCCGUGACCGACGUGGAAACGCGUCCAACCAAGUAGGCCAACUGUGGCAGGCCCCAGCGGAUGACAAUUGAGCGAGCAUCGCCCGGGCGACGGUGCGAGCAGCGGUGAGUCCCGCGACGGGCGAAUCUCGUCUCGCCGAUCGCCACGACGUGCCCGAGGAUCCCGCCGGCGGCCGCGAGACACGCGAAACUGCGCCCGGCCUCCCGCCAAAACCGCCAGCCGCGGACAGCGGACGGAGCGAUCGGCGACGUAAAUAGUCCGGGUGACACGGAGCUGUCGCGCCGUAGCCGCGCCGUGGCCGAGCUACCUCCAACUGCGCCGGUGAUUUAUAGCGUGCGAGCUUUCCCGAGGAAUUUACAUGAGUGCUCGAUAGAGUCCGACGUCCUCGUCGUCGACGGGAGGAUUCCUUCUCUGCUCCCCACCUCCCCCCUGCCCCCCUGUGUUGUUGCAACUGCACCCGGUCGUUCCAAGGAUAUGGUCUCGCGCGACGUAUGAUGUUGGAUGGUCGACGUUCAUCCGGAGAAGGACAACAAAGUACUAAACAUGGAUCGUUUAUUGGAGGACCCACGUGCUUCAUCAAAAUUUGGUUGAAACUUUUGUUUUCAACAUGGGAACUUAAGCAAGAUUCUGUGAAGUUCCCAAUAUUUGCCUUAGUGUGCUUCAAAGAGGAUUAGAGACUAUUCUGUUCAACGGUGAAAUAUUUGUGCUGUAAUGCCAGAACGAAUCAAACUCAAAAUGAAUGGGGUUGUACCAAGUGUGCCAAUAACUACCCUCGCCGGUAUUGCGAGUCUCACUGACUUGUUACCUGAAAUGCCCCUACCGACUCCGCUGCCACAGACCCUGACUAAUAAGUCGUUGCUGUUUCAUCCACGAGUGGCAGAGGAAGCGCAGAUAUUGCUAAGCGUUCGCGAUGAAAAUCUUGUGCCGCAGUUGAUAAUGUCUCUGUCACAGACUUCAUCGGAUCACAUUGAACUCAAAGAUAAUUAUGCGAAUACCGAACAGUCGUUAGAAAAUGAGCAAAACACGCCUGAAUUACUCAAGGCAAUCUUACAGAUAAAUCCUCAUGUAUUCAGGGGACCUCAACACAAUUCACCGAGAAACUGGGCGCAGGGUGCGCCAAUGUUACACGCGAAUCAAUCGCCGGCAAGUUAUGGUCGUUUCUCGCCGUCCUACUCGAGCUCCUCAGGCUCUAGGCAAACGCCUCAAGGUAGUCCAGCUCAUCCUGCGGCGGCUAGAUCCGUGCUCCCGCCGCCGGUAGCCAGCGGUAUCGCUCACGCGCAACAUCCGCGAAUGCCGAUCACUCCGCAGAAUCACGCUGACAUCUCGCAGAUGUCUCCUUUUGCUGUGCCUUCCCCGUCGCCCAGAGGUAAUGUUAUGACCGAACAAACGAGAACGUUGACAACGCCUCAGCAUAUGCAAGAAGACACGAACUGUAUAAAUCCUUUGUCGAAUGUAGCUCUUCAACCGAACAUGUACUCGCCAGCUCACAUGAGUUCCCCCAAUGCACCACUGUCUCUCGGCAAUGUGACACCUCAACACCACAACAUGGCUGGUAUGACGCCGCAACAUAACAUGCACAUGACAUCUCCUAUGCGCACCACUAUGCCUCUGCAACAACAGCAUCCAACAAUGGGUAUGCAACAGAAUCUUUACGAUCCUAUGAUGAAUCAGCAAGUUCAUCAUGCUUUAGGCAGCAGUCAAUCUUUGGACAUUGAUAGCGCGGUGCAGGAAAAUCAGCAAUUUCUUUUGGAUCCGACGAGCGCUCUUCCCGAUAUUGACCUGCCAAUCGAGAACAUUGACGUAAAACAAGGCAUGGAUCAUGCGGUGCAACAUUUAUUACCGACUCCUCAGACCACAUCUUAUCCGAAUGUACAUGCCACCGAUAUGAUUAAUGCUUUAAAUCCGGUCGCGACUAAUGUGGCGCCCAGUGUGCAACAUCAACAGAAUAAUAAUUCCGAAAAGAAUAUGAAACUUACUGGAACGUUAACGGAAAAGCUAAAAGAGCCUAUUGUUAUGUUGAAUAGAUUAUCGUUGGCUGAUCAAACACUCAUGCAGAAGAGUUUGGCGGCGUUUGCGGAAAAAUCGCCGAGUCGCGCGGCGAAAAUGGGCAUCUCUCGUGAUGACAUGUCAAAGACUGACUCUGAAAGUGAGGAGGAAAUCGGCAAGAACAAUAAACAUUUUAAAGCUCGCGCGAAAGAGCGGCAAGUACAACGAGAGAAAGAGAAAGCGGAGAGACGGAAGAGCGAGGAUAAGAAUCGCAGGCGAAAAAGGAUAACGGACGAAGACGAGGAGGAUGAUAAACGAGAUGCACCUUACACGCCUACGAAACCAAAAAUACGCAAGAUCGAGAAAAAGCUAGUGCCUGUAUUAGCCAAACUGAGCGUGGAGGAGUUGAUGGAGACCAAUACUUAUCAGCGAUUUAACUCUACCAUAGAGACGAUUUUCGAAAACACUGAAGAAAUAGCAAACGCCGACUUUGAAGACGACGGUGAUGUACCUCCUGAGAUACUUAUUCCCAAGUAUCAGUUGCACGAUCUCUGUACAGAAGCAGCCAAACUUAAAACGUUAGGUGCUAUGGAAUCGAUACCUACAGACAGAUUAGUAAGGCUAUUGAAUAUUCUCGAAAAGAAUAUACGAGAUGGCGCGAGGGUAUCGCCGCUAGUGGAUCCAGAUGAUGAUGUCGAAGAAGGACGAUUAUGGAUGCAAUUGGCAAUGGAACGAGUACAGCGUGCCGUAGACGCUUCAUUGAUCGCGCUGCAUAUUAUGACUUCUUGCAAUAUGCCGAAGACAGUCUACUUGGAGGAUGUAAUUGACCGAAUAGUUCUUUUUAUGAAGUUUCAACUGCAGAACACAAUCUAUCCUUCAUUCGAUCCGGUCUACAAGAUAGAUACGAAGAAUAAGACUGACAAUUUUAAUUCUAGCGGACGCAAGAAGCGGGGUCAUAUGAAGGAAGUACGUGAAAAAAGUAUCUUGCAGGUUUACAACAAGAUGCACGAGUUGGUAGGUUUGCUGGCAGAAUUGUUGAAUAUACAAGUUCUAACAGAUACGAGCGUUCUUCACGCAUCAUCAUUGGGCGUCGCUCCGUUUUUCGUCGAAUCGGUGAGCGAUCUUCAAUUGAGCGCGUUGAAACUCGUUACUGUAAUAUUCACCAAGUACGAGAAACACAGGCGACUAUUAUUAGACGACAUCCUGGCAUCUAUAGCGAGAUUACCUAGUAGCAAAAGGAGUUUACGCACGUACAGACUCAAUUCCGAGGAUCAUAUACAGAUGUUGACCGCGCUGGUCUUGCAGCUUAUCCAAUGUGUGGUAGUUCUAUCGGAUUCCAAAUCGUCAAAGGAGGAAGACGAGAAAAAGCUCAGUAACGUAGAUUCCGAUGUCUUUAUUAUCAACAGAUACGAGACUGCCACCAGAAUCGCAGGCAAUUUUUUAACGGUAUUCCUUAACAAAUGCGGUAGUAAGGGCGAAGAAAUCGAUUAUAGACCGUUAUUUGAAAAUUUUGUACAAGACUUAUUAGCGACAGUAAAUAAACCUGAGUGGCCCGCUGCCGAAUUGUUGCUCAGUCUUCUCGGAAAUCUGUUGGUAGGACAUUUUUCUAACAAGAGUUCUGACAUGUCGCUUCGAGUAGCCUCCAUCGAUUAUCUCGGUGUAGUAGCGGCCAGAUUACGUAAAGAUGCAGUCAGUUCGCACUGCAAGCUAUCAACCAUUGACCAGAUCAUACGGGACAUCAAACUCGAGCAACAAAAGGACUCGGAUUACGACCAGAUAAAGGAUAAGGAGAUUAUAGGACUGAGCGAAGAUGAAGAAAGGCUGGUGUUUCUGCAGAAGGUAUUGUUGGAUUAUUUAGCCGUUAAUGGGACGAAAGAUUCAGCUCUUGGAUACGCGCGACACUUUUAUCUGGCCCAAUGGUAUCGGGAUUGCGCGAUGGAAAAAUCUCGGGUAGGUCAGUCGAAAAACAGUCCGAGCAAGAAGAUGCACAAAAAACGUUCAAAGAAGAAAAAUCGGCAUCACAGCAGCGACCAAGACACCGAAUCCGAAUUGGACGAGCAAGAUCCGGACGAGAACGAUAAUAAUGAACAAAAGAAUUCGGAGGCUUAUCGGGUCAUCGAGGAGAAGAAGAAAUAUAUUAUCAGUAGAAUAAGGCCAUACAGCACGGGAACGAAGCCUGAUAUUCUCCAGACGUACAUCGAUUAUAAUUCCGCGGAAUUGAUUUCGCAGUAUCUCGCAUCUAAAAGACCAUUUUCGCAGAGUUUUGAUAAGUAUCUCAAGCAGAUCCUUCACGUGUUGACAGAAUCGUCAAUUGCCAUUAGAACCAAGGCGAUGAAAUGCCUCACGAUGAUUGUUGAGGCUGAUCCAAGCGUGCUGGCGAGGGUGGAUAUGCAGCUAGGCGUGAAGCACUCGUUCCUCGAUUACUCGACGUCCGUACGAGAGGCAGCGGUAGAUUUAGUAGGCAAAUUUGUGUUGAGUAGACCUGAACUGAUUGAUAAAUAUUAUGAUAUGUUAUCAGCUAGAAUCCUUGAUACCGGCGUCAGCGUGCGGAAACGCGUUAUCAAGAUUCUCAAGGAUAUCUGUAUGGAAUGUCCGGAUUUCCCUAAAAUUCCAGAGAUAUGCGUGAAAAUGAUAAGGAGAGUCAACGACGAAGAAGGUAUCCGAAAGCUCGUCAUGGAGGUUUUUCAAAAUAUGUGGUUUACUCCGGUCAGAGAGCGUCCUACUCUUGAUUCAGAAUCACUACUAAGAAAGGUUAUGAAUAUCACUGAUGUCGUGGCGGCCAGCAAGGAUAUGGGGCUUGAAUGGUUCGAGCAACUUUUGGUAAGUCUGUUUAAACCGAAGGAGGACAAGGACGACAGCACGAAGAUGCAAGCGGACCCUCCACGGACAUUGCUGACGGCGUGCAAGCAAAUCGUAGAUUGCCUAAUCGAAAACGUGUUGCGGCUGGAAGAGACAAACCUGGGAGAUUCAGAAAAAUUGGGAAAGAAAGGCUCGUCGCAAAGAUUGGUUGCGUGCCUGACAACGCUUUACUUAUUUGCAAAGAUUCGGCCGCGACUUUUGGUCAAUCAUGCAAUCACCCUACAGCCUUAUUUGAGUCUCAAGUGUCAGACGCAGGGUGAUUAUCAAAUCAUCAGUAGCGUCGCACACACCCUUGAAUUAGUGGUGCCUCUGAUGGAACAUCCUAGUGAGACCUUUUUAGCGCAGCUCGAAGAGGACUCGGUGAAGCUGAUUUUGCAACACGAUAGAUCAGUAGUCGCGAGUUGUCUAUCGUGUUUGGGAUCCAUAGUCAAUAACGUCACACGAAAUUUUAAACUGAUACGAGAUUGCUUCAAGAAAUACUACGGACACUUAACGGACUACAAAUCGUUCUACGAAAAAGAUCCGACCAAUCCCAUGUUAUUAAAAUACAGGCCAUUUUUCCGACGAGCGCUUUUCACGGUCGGUUUACUGUUGCGUCAUUUUAAUUUCACGGAUCCGGAAGUGAUAGAAGGACUGGCAGAUAAUAUUAAAGAUCAAGUUUUCGAGACGCUCAAUUAUUUUGUUCAUCUAGAUAACGACGACAUCCGACAUUUUACUCUAUCGGCUAUUGGUUCUCUCUGCAUACGACAUUACGAGUUUAUGAUGCUACCGGAGCUAAAAGAGCUCUAUCAUCAUUUACUCACAUCAGAACACGCGCUGGUUAAUAUGAGAAUCCAAGUGCUUAACAACAUUGAAAUAUAUCUGCAGGAAGAGGAAAAGAGGAUGAUCAAACAAGAUCUCGAAUGGGCGAAAAUGUCGAAGCAGGAGAAUCUCAAAGAGAUGGGUGACGUGUCGUCGGGCAUGGCCAGCACCGUGAUCCAGCUCUACAUCAAAGAAAUUCUCGAGUCUUUUCUACACAUCAAUAUAAAUGUACGACACGCAGCUCUAAAGGUUAUUCAACUGAUUCUAGCGCAAGGUUUGGUGCAUCCCGUCCAGAUAGUACCUUAUCUGAUAUGUAUGAGCACCGAUUGCGAGAAGGCGGUGAGUCAUAGCGCGGACAAAUGGCUGCAGGACAUUGAAAAGAAGUACCCGGGUUUCAUCCAUAUGAAGUCGCAGUUUGGCAUCAAGUUGAGCUAUCGACUGCAGAAAAUUUUGCAAAACGACAUUACGGUGAGAGGUAUGCGAACAAAGGACGGCGAAUUCCCGGGCGCGCUCAACGGUUUUCUCUAUACGAUUUUGCGCAGCACGAAACAACAGAGGCGAGCGUUCGUGCUGUCUUUUCUCAAGCGCUUCGACGAGACUGCAAAGACUAGUCUGUCGCAGAUGCUGUUUCUUGCGGACAAUCUCGCUUAUUUUACAUAUCAGGUGCAGGACGAGCCGCUCUUCAUCAUCCAUCACAUCGAUAUUAUCAUCUCCAUGUCUGGUACAAACGUGUUGCAAUCUUUCAAGGAGGCUUUGCUGCCAAAGGAAAACAACAUGCAAUCACAGUGCGGCCAAUCCGAACUGACGUCGGGACAGAUGACGGGACAAACAAUGCCGACGCCAUCGAUGCAGACAACGGUAACGGGGCCAGAUAAUCAACCAAAACCAGAUCAGCUGUUGUCGGUUCUAGAGGAUGAAGAGGACGAUGAGGAGGACGAAGAAGCUAUUUUGAUUAGAUUACCAGAUGACACCACCUUGCUCAGGGAAUACAUCACCGCCAGUCAAGGCUUCUUACUUUUACUGACACUUCGGCAACACCUCAAGGAUCUUUACGGUUUCUCUGACGCGAAAAUCAGUCAGUAUUCGCCUUCGGAAGCGGCCAAGGUUUAUGAAAAAGCAGUUAAUCGUAAGAAUAAUCUGCUCUUCGAGCCCAAAGCUACGCUACAGAGACUACGGGAAGGCGUGACCAACGAGGAGCUGGACACAAAUGGCAGGAAGAAGCUCGUGAAGGAGUAUCUAGAUUUCAAGCAAUUGAUGCUCAAGUUCGAUCCCGAGGAACCAGACGACGAGGGUGGUAACGAUGCCGACAUCAGUGGUAGCAACAAACAGAACGCGGAAAAUCCACAAGCGGCGAGGAUACCGCCGCAUCCUAUAGUCGAUGGCAAUAGAACGAUAGCGGACGGCGCUGUAGGAGACGCCACCCUGGCAGUCGCGGGCGGUCAGCAACAGUUCCAGUUACUACCGCAAUCAAAUCUGAAUCUGAACUCGGCUGCGGUGGAGCAUCCGAACAACUCGGUAAAUUCGCUGCCAGCUGCGGCAGCAACACCAACGACGACGCUACCACGGGUACCGAAAUUGACGAUACACGCCCAUCCGGAUGCGAGGGAGUCGCAUCGCAAGCACCGCGCGCACAAGACGGACAAAUCGGUAAGGAAGCACAAGAAGAAGAAGAGGAGAAGAAUCUCCGACACCAGCGAUAGCGGCGAGGACUACAGUGACCCUGAUUUCCUCGUGUGAGUGCAGUGGAAUAUCUUAUCCUAUGUGUACAUAUAAAUAUCCGUGAUAGUGUGUGCGUGUGCGAUCUACCGGCUGGAAUGACUCACAUUCCGCAUGGCCGAUACCUGGACGCUAUUGUAGCGCGACGGUUCCUUUCCCCCCUGGUCCCCUGAAACGAUUCUCUUCCCCAGCCUCUCAAAGUUGUGCUACGACUUUGAAGACGAUUCACUGAGACCGUUUCAGGUCGAGAAACUACAUAGAGAUUAUAAUAGUGAUGUGGGAAUGCGUGUGAGCGCGAGAGAAAGAAAGAGCGAGAGAGAGAGAGAGAGAAAGAGAGAGAGAGAGAGAGAGAGAGAGAGAGAGAGGUCUUCGAUAAGAAUGAUAGCCAGAAAUUUUUAAGUGCGAUCGAACUUUGAGGUAGGAUUAGCGUGUUGUUGCCGAAACGGCGAGCAUCCGAGGUUUAUCGAUCCGCCAUGCCGUUGUUAGCGAGAGAUCGGCUCGUUAAAUAUUUCGUGCUACCGGCUCGGGAACUUGGUUCACUCGAGAAUUAGCUUCUGCUUCCUCCCCGUCGACACGCUUUCGAUUAGGGAGCUUAUAGGUGAUCAUUCGAUUCCAAAAUAGCGCCGAAAGCGAGGGAUUGUGAAUGAUCCCGAGAAGAUGCUGUGAACAAGUUUCCUGAGAGAAAUCAAGUACAAUAAAUUAUGUUUGCGAACAAAAUUCACCUGUAAAUAAUAUCACAUAGUAACGACGAUAUUCAAUACAACUGUUAAUUCUUUUUCUUUUCAUGAAGGAAAAAAUUAGCGCAAAGAGAAAGAAAAGCAUUAAAAAAAAACAGUAUGAAGAUUCGAAUAAUAUAAAUUUGAUUCGUCGUUGCUUCCUCUUUCUCCCUUUUCAGACUGAAUUUGAAAAAAAAAGUAAGCACUGCUUAUUUCGAUAAUGCUAAAUUAUUAAAAUUUAGAUACAUUUAUGCUAACGAUGAUUUAUAGGUAAAUAUAAAAAAUAUUUUGUGUUUGUGCUUCAAAGUUUAUUAAAAUUUAAGUACGUACACAUACACAACUGUGCACAGAAUAACAUUUCCACGACAAUUACUAUACUACUUAUAGUAAAAUCUGUAG